UAAUUCACUAAGCAGUUCCGAGUACGAGAGUCUCAGGGUCGUCGACACCGUCCGGCAGCGGCGGCCGAUGAUCUCGAACUCGGUCGUGGCUCAGUGAGAGAGAGAGAGAGAGAGAGAAAAUGUCGCUGCGAUUGCCGCCGCCGACGAGUUGCCGAUGGAUGGGGUACGCAUCAUCAUGCGUUAGAAGAGCGAAGGAGGCGAAACGCCACUUCACCUGUUUCUCCAAUCCCUCCUCCUCCCUGCCAAACCGCAAUGCCUCCAUCUCUAACGGUUUCCCUCUUCCCGGAGGACUGGAAGAUCAAAUGGUUGGAUACAUAUUCGGGAGGAGGAGGGCGACCGAUGUAGCUCACUCGGUCUGGAAACAUGUGGUUCGGGAAGGCGACACCGUCGUCGAUGCCACAUGCGGCAAUGGUCAUGAUACCUUAGCACUGGUCAAGCUAGUCGCGGGCGAAUCGGGUAGGGGUCGUGUUUAUGGAAUGGACAUCCAGGAAGAUGCUUUGCGGAGUACCUCUUGCUUCCUGGGGCAAUCCCUCAGCACCCAAGAGAUGGAGCUCGUGAAGCUUCUCCCCAUGUGUCAUAGUAAGCUGGCGGAAAUUGACCCUGAUGAUGCCUCGGUGAGGCUUGUAGCAUUCAAUUUGGGCUAUCUUCCUGGAGGUGAUAAAGCAAUAACCACUAAAUCAGAAACAACACGACUAGCAUUGGAAGCUGCAGGGAGUAUUAUAGAACCUGGAGGGCUAAUCAGCACCGUGGUCUAUGUGGGACAUCCAAAUGGAAGGGAAGAGUUUGAAACUGUACAAGCAUUUGCUUCUGGGCUGUCAACAGAGAAUUGGGUUUGCUGUAAGCUACAGAUGUUGAAUCGACCAUUGGCGCCAGUUCUCAUUUUCAUGUUCAAAAGAUAAUCAUGUAGCAUUGAUUUGCUUAUAAAUUUUUGAGAUUCAAUCCUGCCUCAAGAGAGGAAUGUCCUGUUUGCACUUUUCUAUAACACUGGCUUUCUCAGUUUCUUUCUUUUGUCUUAAGUUUCUUUUAA